AUGUCGGGCUUCCACGCUCGCCGCGCACCCAACGUGUCGCAAUACCUCCACAACCUCAACCAGAUCCCCGGUCCGCAGGAUCUCCAGCAGGACGACUUCUCCGGCCUCGACAGCAACCUGGAUCUGUUGACCAACACCGACUUCUUCGAUCUCGACGCAUUCCAGCCGCAAUUCGAGGAGGGAAACAAUGCCAAGAAUGGUAAGAAACGUCAUGAUUGCGACGGGAGUGCACGUCGCAUAUGGAAGAGUACUCACGGCUCACUGAAUGGUACAGGAGCACACUUCGGCUUCAACGACUUCCAAUCCUUCCCCGGUACCAACGCGACCUCGCCCAUAAAUGGCACUCCUUCUCCCACCGCCCUCCAAGGCCGCUACCCACCGCAGCCGCAGCACUUCUCUCAGUCUCCACAGUCGCAGCACUUCUCCCAGUCUCCGCAGACUGGUGACAAGCGCAAGGCUUCCGUCGCCAUGCAGAGCGCCGCCGACCUCGAGGAGGCCUCCCGCCUCGCGGCCGAAGAAGACAAGCGUCGUCGAAACACCGCCGCCUCGGCGCGCUUCAGAGUCAAGAAGAAGCAGAGGGAACAGGCGCUCGAGAAGCAGGCCAAGGACAUGUCGGACAAGGUCUCCCUGCUCGAGGGCAAGGUGCAACAGUUGGAGAUGGAGAACAAGUGGUUGAAGGAACUCAUCACCGAAAAGUCGGACGUCAAGACGCUGGAUGCCGCGCUCAACCUCAAGCGCGAGAAGGAGUCGGAGGAGCGGAGUAGCGAGAACCGCACCGACGGCGUCGGUACUGUUGGCAUGGGCGAAGAGGGUGAGGCCUAA